AUGAAGUUCAAUUUUUCAAUCCUUCUAGCUGCGGCCGCGGCCGCCCCUCAAGCUCUUGCUCACUACAAUUUCGAAAGACUCAUCGUGGGCAGCACUGUAACAGGUGAAUAUGAAUACGUUCGCCGUACGACGAACUCGAACUCGCCAGUUCAAGACGUCACUUCGAAUGACUUGCGCUGCAACGUCGGUUCGUUCGGAUAUGCAGCGACCACAAAGACCUAUAAGGUUACCGCAGGGAGCACUGUCGGAUUCACGAUUCGCGACUAUAUCGGCCACCCAGGCCCACUCUACGCGUAUUUGUCUAAAUCAACCACAGCCAAUGUUAACACAUACGAUGGCUCUGGCGACUGGUUUAAGAUCUAUGAGCUCGGUGUCAAAGACUUUGCUACUUAUACGACCUCCAUGACGUGGUUAAGCGAUGGUUUCAAAAACUACACCUUCACCAUCCCUAAGGCGAUUCCUAAUGGCCAGUAUCUACUUCGAGGUGAACAUAUCGCUGUUCAUGGCUCUGGAUCUAUCGGCGGGGCUCAGUUUUAUCUCGGGUGCGCCCAGCUUGAAAUUUCCGGCGGUACUGGAGGUACCCCAAAGCCCGUUGGAAAGAUCCCCGGUAUUUAUUCGGCUACCGAUCCAGGCGUUUACUUCAACCCUUACUGGCCACCAGUAACGAAUUACACGAUGCCUGGGCCAGCUGUUUACAAAGGUUAG